UUGAUUAACCAACAUGUCAAGCCCGACGAGGAUUACGUCAUCGCGAGCCUCAACUUGGAAGAGGACCUUAGGUCAGUAGUGUCUAAUACGGUUAAAGUUUUGCCUCUCAAUUUCAGAGCCGUCGCGCAAAGCACCCAAGCAGACCCUCUGCUCCGAACAGUCUACCACCACGUUCAACACGGUUGGCCCCAGUCCAAACUUCCGGGGUCCGACAUCAAACGGUUCCAAUCCAGACAGGAAUCGCUCUCCGUGGUAGAUGGGUGCAUCUUGUUUGCCGAACGGCUCGUCAUUCCAUCGCUACAACGCAAGCGAUGCCUUGAGCAACUUCAUCGUGGUCAUCCCGGCAUGCAGCGAAUGAAAGCCCUUGCCAGGAGUUAUGUCUACUGGCCCAGUUUGGAUGCUGACAUCGUGAACUUCGUGAAGACAUGUCAACAAUGUGCAUCAGUGGCCAAAUCACCUCCUCAUUCUCUACCGGUGCCAUGGCCAAAUCCAACAGUUCCGUGGCAACGUGUCCACAUUGACUACGCCGGUCCGAUCGAAGGCGAGUACUACCUCAUCGUUGUAGACUCGUUCUCAAAGUGGCCAGAGAUCGUUCAAACCAACCGUAUCACAUCGGCAGUGACCAUUAAUAUCCUUCGCGGAUUAUUUGCUAGACUGGGUAUGCCAACAACACUGGUCAGUGACAACGGUACCCAGUUCACUAGUGCCGAAUUCGCCGAUUUCUGCGCCUCUAACGGCAUCGAACACCUGACAACGGCUCCUUUCCAUCCACAAUCGAAUGGCCAAGCGGAGCGGUUCGUGGACACUUUCAAGAGAUCUGUGAAGAAAAUUCGAGAGGGAAGAGGAUCGAUACAGCAAGCACUGGACAUUUUCUUGCUGACGUACCGGAGCACGCCUAAUCGGGGACUACCCGACCAGAAGUCGCCAUCCGAGGUCAUGUUUGGACGAAAAAUCCGCACGUGUCUCGAACUUCUGCGUCCUCCGCCGGUACGAACAUCAGUGGCAAUGCCAGCCGACCGUAAGCAACUCAGAUUCUUCAGCCAAAAUGACCUCGUCUACGCCAAGCUACAUGGUCGUAACGGUUGGAAGUGGGUUGCCGGUAAAGUAGUUGAGAGAAUCGGAGACGUGAUGUACAACGUGUGGAUUGUUAAUCAACGAAUGCUACGCUGCCAUAUCAAUCAGCUACGGAGUCGUCUUGAUGCUGACACGACGCAAAACCAAUCCACUAAUGAAGCCAGUUCUCGCCAGUAUUUAUUGCCGCUCGAUAUCCUGUUGGGUGCUUGGAAUCUUCCAAAUGAAUCAGCCGGCACUCUGGCAUCUUCGCCUGUUCGGAACGCCUCUGCUCCAACUCCAUCAUCGGUGUCAGUCUCAAGUCCCUUGCCGGCUUGUGUUUCGUCCACGCCACGAAACGAGCCGACUUCGUCAACAUCAUCAGCAACGUCAACAUCGACCGAAUUCGAAUCUGCUAUCGAAGUGGAACCGGUGGUAGAUCCUCCAAGGCGCUCUUCUCGAGUACGAAGACCGCCAAAUAGGUUCGAUCCCUACCACCUGUAUUGAGAGGGGAGAUGUUGCAGACAACCUUAUCGCAGCGUACCAUUCGGUACCCUGCACGCCGCUGUGCUCUCACUAGGCAGCAUAGCUGUCACUGUGUGAUGCUGGA